AUGCAAAUUUCGACGGAUUACAAGUACGUGAAAGAGUUACUUAGGGUUUGCGAUGCAAAUAGGGAUGGAAGAGUUGAUUAUCAGGAGUUCAGAAGGUACAUGGAUGACAAGGAGCUUGAGCUUUAUCGUAUUUUCCAAGCCAUUGAUGUCGAACAUAAUGGUUGCAUUUUACCGGAAGAGCUCUAUGAUGCUCUCGUAAGGCUGGUAUUCUACCAUACUUCCCCCUUUUAUCUUCUCUGCAAUUUACUUCCAUUUUUCCAUGAAUUUUAUAAUUCUGUAAUCAACAAGAACAAAUUCAAACACCCUUCGAGGAUCGUUUUUCUCUCCCAAGCCUUCCCUGCCACUGCCUCGUUCGUGAUUAGCCUUCUCGAUCAAAUGAAAACCAAGGACUGGAGCUCCCUUUUCCCGUCGCCCAUCGAAUUGCUAAUAAGUGCUGAAAUCUUGCAGAUUGUUGUCAAUGAUUCAAUGUUAUUUAGACAUGAAUCUUGCAGAGGUGGAGGAGAAGAUAGAUUGAUGUAUGAGAUUGAAGAAUAUGAUUGUUGUGGUGUGUAUUGA